AACAGGAAGUCGGUCUUCCUGUAAUGUCACGUUGCAGUUAGCACUUCGCCGGUAGAUAUGAGAUUUUUUCAGUCAUUUUAUUCUCUUCGCUUUUGAAAAUGGAUGGCCGAAUGUCAACAUUGGGUUCUGCUGUCCUUGCAUUGUUCUUGGCUGGUUAUUUGGGUCAACAGUAUCUUCCACCUCCUAAACCAAAAGUAGUUGGCUUUGAUCUUGGAACUACUUUCUGUUCUGUUGGUGUGUUUCAUCCUGGACUAGGUGAAGUUGAGGUAAUUGGAGAUGAAAAGGGUCGGAAGAGCAUCCCAAGUGUUGUGUCCUUUGCUGACUCUAAUAUCUAUGUUGGAUAUGAAGGUCAAAAAAUGGCAGAUUCUUUUCCUCAAAAUACAAUAUAUGAUGCCAAAAGAUUUAUUGGAAAAAUAUUUAGUGCUGAAGAACUGGACAAAGAAAAAGGAAGAUACCAGUUUAAGGUUUUAUAUAACAAUGGAACAGCAGAAUUUUCAAUAUCGACAAAUAGAACAUUUAUUGUUACUCCUGAAUAUAUUGGAUCCCGCUUGCUCUUAAAGUUGAAGAAGAUGGCAGAAAAGUCUCUUGGAGUUCCAAUAACUAAUGCAGUCAUUUCUGUUCCGGCAGAAUUUGAUGAAAGACAGAGAAACUACACCAUAAAAGCAGCAAAUCUUGCAGGUAUGAAUAUUCUUCGUUUGAUCAACGAACCUACAGCAGCAGCAAUGGCAUACGGGCUCCACAAAGUGGAUGUCAUGAAUGUUUUAGUGGUCGACCUUGGAGGUGGCACAUUAGAUGUCUCCUUGUUGAAUAAGCAAGGAGGAAUGUUUCUAACCAGAGCUAUGGCAGGCAAUAACAAACUUGGAGGACAAGACUUCAAUCAAAGGCUACUUCAACAUGUGUUUGAAAGCAUUCAGCAGCAAUAUGGGGCCUUUCCAUUACUUAAAAGGGAUGUAUAUAAUUUGCGUCAGGCAGUGGAAAGAACAAAGCUGAAUUUAACUUUUCAGCACUCUUCAAAAAUCAGUUUACCUCUUACUUUGAAGUCUGAGGCCAAGCUUAAUGAGCCCUCAGAAGAAGACACCAUUCAAAAUGUUCUGUUUGAAGAAGAAAUAACAAGAGAACUCUUUGAAAAGCUUAAUGCAGAUCUUUUUCAAAAGAUUCUUAUUCCUAUUGAAAGGGUUUUGAAAGAUGGUUUACUGGACAAAUCAGAAGUUGAUGAGAUUGUUCUGGUUGGUGGAUCAACUAGAAUACCUCGUAUUCGCCAGAUAAUUGCUGAAUAUUUUGGGAAACAGCCCAAUAUAUCAGUGGACCCAGACCUGGCAGUGGUAAUUGGGGUAGCUAUUCAGGCAGGAAUCAUGGGAGGCUCAUGGCCUUUACAGGUCAGUGCAAUUGAAAUUCCAAACAGGCACUUAAAGAAAACAAAUUUUAAUUAAUAUAUAAGAGGCUUUCUUGCUCAGUCAAAUUUCGUCAGUACCAUGUAUUAUAAUUAUUUGAAAUACAUACAAAAAUAUUUAUUUUGCAUUUUCAUUAAAGUCAAAGUGUUACUUCUAUACAUAAUGACUUGUUCUGGAUCUUUUUAAUUAUUUCCUACAAAGCCAAUACAGAUUAAAUUUAGAAAAUUAGAAUGUAAUUUAAUAUUUGUUUUAACAUCUCAAUUAAGGGUUAUUGAAGUAAUGUUAAUAGUUGUAUCAUUUCAAGGUCAUAUAAUAUGUUACUUAUUUGAACAGUCCUGAUAAAACUCUGCUAAGUAAUCUUGAGAUUAAUAUUAAGAGGCUUUUGUUCAUCAUGUGGCUAUUUCUUGUUUUAGAUUGCAUCCAGUUCUGUUCCUUCAGUUUUUCAGUGGCCUGGUGUAUUUAAGAAAGUUAAUGUCUAAUUAAUUCAAAGAGUUCUUAUUGUAAAUAAUGUAUUUAUUUUUUUUAAUCUUUUAGUAAUAUUAAGUUACUUAAAU